CCAAAAUCGGGCUGAGUCAUGAGUGUUGAAGCCAUGAUGCCGCACGAUAGCCGAAGUCUACCGGCUAUCAGUCAGCGACGCUCCAGCUCUCUUCAGGAGGGUUUCCGGGUUGCUGGCGACCGCCAGAACGCCGUUGAGGUUGUCGGAGCUGUGGCGAGAUUCACUGGCGGCCCCUACUCUCAGCGGACGGAUAGUAGUGGCAAAUCGAGCAGUGGGAGUGAUAGUCGAGUUUCGGAGUGCUCCGAGCACAGAUCCGGACAAGGAGCUGCUAAGACUUAUUCCGGUGGUGGGGCGAGUCAACUCUUGAUCCGAGACAAGAUUCAAUUGAACGGCGGUACGGCGUCCGAUCGGCAAACUCGCAGCUUCCUACCGCGCCUCAUCGACGACCAGGGCCUUCUAAGAGUUCCCAAGCCGGAAAAGGAGCGGCUCACAUUCUCUUCCAGGUCAUUGGAGAUCUUCCCCAGUCGGGACCUGAUCUCAGAGGAGCUUCGGAUGCGGACAAUCUCCCUGCCUAGCCUGGAGAAUCGCCGAAAACACUACGGCCGGCGUAACCCCGUCGUGUCGGACCACGAGGAAGAAGACGGUUACACGAGUUAUACCACCGACGAUUCAAGCGAUGGGGAGGAGAACCCAAUCGUCGAAAUCGACCCCUUUCCAAACGUCGGUGCCGACUCCUACCUUAACAGUCGUUUACUCCCCGACUUCCUGCCUCCCUAUCUCAAACCAUGGACCCCUGGGAUCCGUAAGACCAGACGUAAGCGGAGUCACAGGAGCGAAGAGGCGGAAAGGAAGAGGAAAGAGCUGGAGGCUCUGACGGCUAAAGAACGCAAGAGGAAGGCACAUGGUAAUUCGCGCCCUAACCGGCGGAGAUCCGUCCGGAGCGACGCCUUCGCCAGGAAGAGGGAGAGUGAAGCGGCCAAGAGACACCCAGUCAGAAAACAAUUCGUCUACUCGGAGCUCGUUCAAGUCGAACUGCAGAAACUCACUCCCAAGCGAUUACCGGGAGGCAAACUUAAACCCAUCUACGACCGUCGGACAAAAGAGGGCGACAUCGACAUUCCCAGGGAACUCCGCAUUUCCAUGGACAGCUUGUCACUCAAACCUGGCGAGAACCGAAUCGAUUUCUCAGACUCGCCGGCAGCGAUCAACAAAAGAAGGAAGCAAGAACUACAGGCCUUGCUGGAGAAGAGGAAGAAACUCCAGCGCCAGAUGGUUCACAAAAAGAAGCGAAAGGUCCGCUUUGUCCUCCCAGACGAAGAGAAGCGUAGGCAUGAGGUCAGCGCACAGGUCAACGUUGCGGGCGGUAUACAAAACGAGACUCGGAGUAGGAGUACGUCACCAGGUCAAAGUUCAAACAAUGACGUCGAGGAGGCUUCGAAUUAUAUCGCCGAACAAAACAAAACUGGACGUGAAACUUCGCCCAACCAGUUAGACAAUCGCAAUCCGGAAGAGUUCGUUAAAGACGAUGAAGGACGCGAGUGCAGAAUGGAUCGAACUAAUAGCUGGGUGGCCAGUCACACAUCUCAUAACUCACUUGUAAUCCCCAGCAACACCAAGCCUGACCAAGAAGACACUAAUAAUGUCCUCCCAGCUCAAAAUUCAAUCGUACUCGUGCCUGAGAACGUUAGCCAAUCAAGCCGAAGUCGCCAAUCAGUUACAAGCGGCAGUUCUAAAUCGCCGCUUGAUCCAGACAUCUCUAAAGACAGUGCAGUUAUCUCGGAUUUCAACUCGGACUACCAACUCGAUGGAGCCCCUUCCAACACUCGAGAUACCUCAUCAGCGGAGAAACGAAGACAUCUCUCCGUGGGGGAUGACGUGGCACAGGCCGCUCAACUCAACCCUCUGCCGGGGAAACGGCCGGACUCGCCCCUUCUGAAAGACGACGGUGUCUUGGUGGCGGACGCUCCGGUCAUCGCAGAGUCCGGUGCCGUACGGGAAAUCAAGUUCCUCUCAGAACGACUCCCAAGUAUCAUUAUCUCGGAUACGUGAGACAAUCACAAGGGCAGGUCUUAGUGAAGUUUUAUUGGAAGGAUGUAGUUGGGGGAGGAGCGACAGAGUUCGAAAUUAAAAGUGACAAUCCGUUUUGAAGAAUUUCUAUAACUGGUAAUUUUUGCUUUUAUUUUAGGACUGUUUUCUUUAAUCUCAAUUACGAUAAUAAAAAAAAUAGGUUCCACUCUCCGCUCUGUAUCACCGACCGAAUGCUAGAUACGUCACAGACUAAAACGAUGCGUUCAGUUUGUGAAUCUUGUUUGCAACUACAUUGUACUCGUGAAAGAUUUUACAGCAAAUUAUGAAAGAUCGAGCGAAACACUUACCAAUAGAUUUCCUAUGAUUUUCAUAUUUAUGCGUUUUCUUUUGGUAGUUCCUGUUCAAAGAAAUAAAGAUCUCUAGAAUUAAAUUGAACAUUUUAUAAUGUAAGUCAUAUGAUGAGUUUCGACUCUAUUCCUUUUAGACCCAUUGUUAAAACUAAAAUCUUGAAAUGAACCACGGCCCUCCGAGUUUAACAAAUUCCAAUGAUUGAAAAUUAUUUAGGCCUAACUGCUUAGAAUUUGAAAAUACUAUUUUGCAUUUUUGUGAAUAUCUAUGGAAACUAGGAACCUCAGAUUCUCUUAAUUUUGAUCUGAGGUUACUGAGUAAUAUCGUUCUGUUUUGUUUCUCGAAUAAGGCUCAUUGACUCUGGAAUUAUGAGUUCACUGUUCCAUAUUUACUAUGAUUAAAUCAUUGAAAGGUAUACGCACACUGUACAAAAAAAAGUUAGGCAAAAUGGGUUGCUAAACUGGUCGAAUUAGCACUGCCUACACUCUUGGGCAAAUUCUUCCCAAUAGGCCAAUUCAACCCAAUAUGAGGUAAUUUCAUGCCAAUGCUGGGUAAAUUACAUUGCCCAACAGUGUUUUAUCCAACCUUUUUACAGUGAGAGCAUAAAUUUGCUUGGCGUCAAUUUUUCUCGCCUGAAACAACUUAAUUGCUCAAACAAUAGGGUGCAUAUUAAUUAACUAACUUGUUGAAGAUUUAGAUCAGUGGCUGCUGUAUAUUUUGAGAAAAACAGGUUUGCACAAUAAUAUUUUGGGGUUUCGUUACUGUAUUCUGUAAAUCACUUUUUAAACCCAGCUUCAGUGAUUUUUUUUCUUCUGAACGUUUGUGUGAGAAGAUUAGGCGUAGAAACGGAAUUGUAAUUUUUCCAGAACUUCAGUAUAGUGAAUAAAUAAUCUUUGGUAUUCUG